ACAAAUAACAGAGAUGCACACCAUCCUGUAGUCCCAUUCGAAAUACGGAGCGCCAGCUUGCCAUAAUCAAGCAAUGUUAAUUGCAUAGCUGUUUAAAUAUGAAUUUAUAAACAACCAAUACAACCUUGCAUUGUGGUAUUUAACAAUGCCUAGUUAGGCUCAAUAGUUUAACCUUUACGACGGUAAAGUAAUUAAUUCAAUAACGCGAUGUCUGAGGAACAAAUCCUUCUGGAAACUGCAGUCACGCAGGGCAAAGGUAACCAGAGCACAGCUAAAAAGCGAAUUGGACUCAUUGCAACGGGGAUUAUUGGAGGUUCUCUGGUUGCUCUGUACGCCGUCACAGCGCCGUUUGUGACACCUGCUCUGAGGAAGAUCUGCCUUCCGUUCGUCCCUGCGACCACAACCCAAGUGGAAAACGUUCUCAAGGUGCUUCGGACGAGGUCGGGGACCUUGGUGGACAUCGGAAGUGGUGAUGGAAGGAUCGUGAUUGCCGCAGCCAAGCGUGGCUUCCAUGCAUCAGGCUUUGAGCUGAACCCUUGGUUGGUGUGGUACUCCCGCUACAGGGCUUGGAGAGAGGGAGUCCACCACUCCACGUCCUUCCACAUCUCAGACCUCUGGAAGGUGAGUUUUGCGGAGUAUUCAAAUGUGGUCAUUUUCGGAGUCCCUCAGAUGAUGGACCAGCUAGAGCUGAAGCUGAGCAGUGACCUCCAGAGUACAGCGAGGGUGGUGGCGUGCAGAUUCCCGUUCCCCAGUUGGGUGCCUGACCAAAUGGCCGGGGAGGGCAUAGACACUGUCUGGGUCUACGAUGCCAAGACCUUUAAAACCCCACUACAAGGUCAAACAAGACAAACCGAAGACAAACUGACUUCCACAUCGUAGAUGCAAAUAGCCACUGUACAAAGGGAAAAUACAUUGUUCCAUUUUUGGAAGCAGUGAAACUGAUAUGUGUGUUUCAAAACUCAACAUUUCUGUAUGUUUUAAAUAAAGUUAUUCAACCAC